GGUUGUUCAAAAUAAACGAAAGCAAGGCAGCGUCAUACUCCAUCUACCUGGCUGUGAAAGCGAUUUAUUAUUUCUUCUCCUUUCCCCAGCCCCAAUUGCUCCCCGACAUUCCGAUAUAUCUCAACCAUUUCCUAUACCUGAAUUGCAAAGAAUUAUAACGUUUCAUUGACAAUACAGUCCUGGUAGCCGGUACCUACACGAGUUCAAGGGCAUUCGCGUAGCUCUCUCUCUCAUCCUCUAAAUACAUAACACGAAGUCACAUCAACAAGGGACGGAGCUUGCGCACCACCAAUUUCCUCUCCCCAUCAAAUACAUCAACUCUCAACUCUCAACAAUUGAGCUUCAUCACCACCAGGUCAAAAUGGCGUCCUCAGGGUCGCUCAAGAACAUCUCCGUUCAACCCAAAUUCUAUCACUCACCACCUUUCAGUGCGGAGGCGCCGGGCCACAAAGCUGUAAACGGUGAGACUAUUCCAAGAAGACACCCUUUGACAGCCAACAAGCUUGCCACCCGCCCUUCCGAAGAUGUUUCAACUGUUUACGAUAUAAUCAAACGAAGUUCCGAGAAGUAUGGAAACGCGAAAGCUGUCGGAAGUCGAACAUUGAUCAAGACUCACCAGGAAGUAAAGAAGGUGAAGAAAAUGGUCGAUGGCGAACAACAAGAAGUCGAUAAGAAAUGGACAUAUUUCGAACUCAGCGAAUACAAAUACAUGAGCUUCUCAGAAUAUGAAAAGUUAAUCUUACAAGUUGGAGCUGGUUACAGAAAGCUUGGGUUGAAGAAAGAGGACCGAGUACACAUUUUCGCGGCGACAAGUGCUCAUUGGUUAGCAACUGCUCACGGCGCAGUUUCUCAAUCGAUGCCAAUUGUUACCGCAUAUGAUACUUUGGGAGAGGACGGUCUCAAGCAUUCCUUGGUUGCGACCAGAGCUAAAGCUAUCUUUUUGGAUCCUCAUCUAUUACCAACCUUGAUUAACCCUCUCAAGGAAGCCAAAGAUAUUCAAUACGUAAUCUGGAACAGCCAAAAUGAGGUUAAGCAAGAGAACAUUGAUAACCUCAAGAAGGCACACGAGAAGCUCAAGAUUUUGAGUUUCGAGGAAUUACGAAAGCUUGGCGAGGAGAAUCCUGUUGAACCAGUACCCCCCGCACCAGAAGACCUGUGCUGCAUUAUGUAUACCUCUGGUUCUACCGGACCACCAAAGGGUGUGCCCAUCAAACACAAGGCAGUUGUAGCAGCUGUUGCUGGUGUCAAUGUAAUUGUCGAACCAUAUCUUGGUCCAGGUGACGGUCUUUUGACAUACCUCCCUCUUGCGCAUAUUCUCGAGUUCGUUUUCGAAAAUGCUUGUUUGUACUGGGGUGGAACUAUGGGUUACGGAAACCCCAAGACUUUGUCGGACACAUCAGUUAAAAAUUGCAAGGGAGAUAUUCGAGAAUUCCAGCCAACCGUUUUAGUUGGUGUUCCCGCCGUGUGGGAAUCCGUCAAGAAGGGCAUCGUUGCUAAGGUUAAUGGUGGAAGCCCGAUUGUCAAAAACCUCUUCUGGGGUGCACUUUGGGCUAAGAACAACCUCUUACGUUACGGACUCCCAGGUGCUGAGGCUUUGGAUGCACUAGUAUUCAAGAAGGUCAAGGAAGCUACUGGUGGAAAACUCAGAAUUUGUUUGAACGGUGGUGGACCAAUUUCCAAAGACACUCAGAGAUUUAUUUCCAUGGCCAUUACACCGAUGAUUAAUGGGUAUGGAUUAACUGAAACUACUGCAAUGGGCGCCUUGAUGGACCCUAUGGAAUGGACCGACGAAGCAUUAGGUGAUAUUCCUGGUUCUAUUGAAAUCAAGCUUGUUGAUUUCCCAGAUGCUGGAUACUAUGCAACCAACAAACCAAACCCCCAGGGAGAAAUUUGGAUUAGAGGAGAUCCUGUCAUGGAAGGUUAUUAUGAGAAUCCCGAAGAAACAGCAGAAGCUCUGACCGCAGAUGGAUGGUUCAAGACCGGUGAUAUUGGAGAAUGGGACAAGAAUGGUCAUCUUAAUAUCAUCGACCGAAAGAAGAAUUUGGUCAAAACUCUCAACGGAGAAUAUAUCGCCCUUGAGAAACUCGAAUCUAUCUACCGCUCCGCUACGGUCGUAGGAAACAUCUGCGUUUAUGCCGACCAACAGAGAACCAAGCCAGUUGCUUUGAUCGUUCCAGCUGAACCUGCGUUGAAGAAACUUGCCGAAAAACUUGGUGUCCAAGGAUCCAGUGUGGAGGAAUUAGUACACGAGAAGAAGAUUCAAGAUGCCGUGUUGAAGGAAUUACAACAAGCUGGUAAGGCUGGUGGAUUGUCAGGAAUUGAAAUCAUCGAAGGUGUUGUCUUAUCUGAUGAAGAAUGGACCCCUCAAAAUGGAUUGGUAACAUCUGCACAGAAAUUGCAACGAAAGAGUAUUUUGGAGAAGUAUAAGAAGGAGGUUGAGUCUGCAUAUGCUAGAAACAACUAAUUGCUUUUCAAGACAACUUGGUAAUGGUUUACGAAGAAUACGUAGGUCAUGAAGAUUUUGUGAUUUCUAACUUUCGGAGUGGUUCGUUCUGGUGGUUAGCAUUUGUAUGAUAGUCUGGCAGUGUUGGUAGUAUAGGCAGGCUUUGCUUAUUUUAGUUUAGAUUUCUUAUGAAAGUAACUUAUUUAAUUACACCCAAUAUAUUGAUCA